AUGGUGCUUAUGGUGACUCGAGCGCUCGAGGUAGAACUAAUUUCGAGAGUAAUGGACGUGCCAUUGAACGAAUUAGCGGAAUGUUUGCGAAAUAACAAUUUAUCUGCAGAGGACGUAGAGAAUUUGGAAAAUAUGUUCAAUGAAGACCAAACAUCGAGAGAAUAUUCCUCCAAUUUUGGUUGUUUCGUUACAUGUGUCUUCGAAAAAUCGAAUAUCAUACAAAAUAACGAGAUCCAGCUAGACAGGUUGAUCGCAUUGGCUAAACGCAAUAAGUUCAAUAUUACAGCGGCGAUUAAACAAAAAUUAAAUGAGUGCAUUAACGAAGCCGAAGAAGAAGAUGACAAGUGCAAGAUUGGACUCGUUUUUACUUCCUGUGUGAUGCGAAAACUUCGACAAUGA